CUCGGAUCUCGUAAGCUUUGUUGAUUUUCAUUGUCCCGGUAACAUUCGAAUGGCUUCCAUUCUUGUUCUCGAACCACCAUCAUGAAAGUCAACGUCAAAUCCUGGCACGCCGUUGCUCAAUGGCAAUGGGACACCGGCAACGACCAAGACGACGACCCCGAGGGCGACGUAUGCGGGAUAUGUAGGGUGCCCUACGAAGGCUGCUGUCCAGCUUGCAAGGUACCAGGAGAUGACUGUCCACUUAUAUGGGGUGAAUGUAGCCAUGUUUUCCACAUGCACUGCCUCCUGAAGUGGAUCUCAACGUCUUCGUCGAAGCAGCAAUGCCCUAUGGAUCGACGGACAUGGGUAACCGCUGAACGUAAAGUCGGUGCCUCAAAGACAUGAAGACCCGCCACAAACCUUCGCAUUCACUCACAGCCUGCCGUUGUAUCCAUAUACACUGUAUUCUAUCGACGUUUUACCUCCCUCGCUUCAUCUCAGCCAUUUCUACCUACGCCUUUCGCGUAUGUACUUAGAUACCCCCCGCGGAUUUUCAAGGGUUUUCAAAAUCAUUCCAUCUCGGAGUUCUUGGU